AUGUCGUCCAGAAAGAAGGUUCUUCUGAAGGUCAUCAUCCUCGGUGACAGCGGCGUCGGCAAGACCAGCUUGAUGAACCAAUAUGUCAACAAGAAGUUCAGCGCGAGCUACAAGGCCACCAUUGGCGCUGAUUUCCUGACACGGGAGGUGCUGGUUGACGACCGCCAAGUUACUAUGCAGCUUUGGGAUACUGCUGGCCAGGAGAGAUUCCAGUCACUGGGUGUCGCGUUCUACCGUGGAGCGGACUGCUGCGUGCUUGUCUUUGACGUCAACAACUCCAAGAGCUUUGACGCCCUCGACAGCUGGCGUGAUGAGUUUCUGAUCCAAGCUUCACCGCGAGACCCUGACAACUUUCCAUUUGUUGUGCUGGGAAACAAGAUUGAUGUUGAGGAGAGCAAAAGAGUAAUUUCAACUAAACGCGCCAUGACCUUUUGCCAAUCCAAAGGCGGUAUUCCGUACUUUGAGACAAGUGCAAAGGAGGCGAUCAAUGUAGAGCAAGCUUUUGAAGUCAUUGCCCGGAACGCUCUGGCCCAAGAGGAGUCGGAGGAGUUCAGCGGUGACUUCCAGGACCCCAUCAACAUCCACAUCGACAACGACAGGGAUGGAUGCGCCUGUUAA